AAGGUAAUGCGGAACAACAUUCCUGCAGCCCAUACAGAGGACGGAAUUAUUUAGCUGUUACACCCAAAGCUCUAGCGUUUCCGGCCAGCUCAGCGCAUCAGCCCUGUGGUGUUGUCAGUCCACAGUCUGUCAAACCCUGGUCCCAGUUACCUGUAGUUGUCGGUGGGCGGCGGAGAAACACCCGGACACUGCGGAGACAUGGUGCUGCUGACGAUGAUCGCUCGGCUGGCUGACGGCCUGCCGCUGGCCGCUUCAAUGCAGGAGGACGAACAGGUUACAGUCUGAUCCUCUAUUUUACCUCUCUGUGUCUCUCUCUCUCUGUCUGUCUGUCUGUCUGUCUGUCUGUCUGUCUGUCUGUCUCUCUGUCUGUCUGCUGGCGUGAUAACCACAAGUUACACCACUGCUACUGACACGUUUGCUUAAAAACCCCAGUUGUUUCAGGCCUGUAGACUGAGGCAGAUGUUGAUUUCCUUCAGAGUUACUGAACAGACUCUCUGUGUUUUAAAGCCUGACCAGAUUCAGGUGGUUUUCUAGUUCAGCUGAGCUUCACUGCACUGAACCUUUAUAUUUACAUGGUGUCAUAUUAUAGCUUAGAAUUAACCCUAUUACCAACUAAUACAGGAUAGAUAACCACAUCUCUGUGCCAUGUAUAUUCUCCAAUUUUAACUCGCAUUUACCUAUAUUAGAGAGGACUACAAAUCAUGCUCUUUUCCAGGUUUAAUUGCAGAAUAACUGCUUAAAAUAAAGUUUCAGCCCACCAAUACACUUUAGAUUGUCAAAAAAGUUUCCAAAUUAAUUUUAUAUGUGCUGAUAAAUAAAAAUUGCUCUGUAAAAGGUAUGGUGGGCGUAAAUUAUAAACAGUUUCCCCAUUACUAAGUUUGUCCACCAGAGGACGCUGUCAUAUCUUUUAAGGAGUUAGUUCAUUGGGAAUGGUGGAAUGUUUUGCUGUCAUGUUAAAAAAUAACCCUGAGCUCAAAUAAUGUUAAUAUUUCUAGUUAAAAUUAGACUGUUUCUCUACUGGCCAAGUGAUGUACUCCACUCCAGUGUUUCUUAUUCUGUUGUACGACACACUGUUCUGACAACUGUCUGCGUCAGGUUUGGGCCUAAAAACUCCAGUAGGGGAGAGUGGGGUAAGAUGAGCCAUUUUUCAUAUUUUGGAUCACUACAUUAUGGCGAUCAUAGUUUUGUCUCUAACUAGUGUAUCUGCAUAUAUUUCAAGAUGUUGUGCAUCCCUGCAAACCAACAGAAUGAGUGUAAACAUAACUGUCUUAAUAAUAUAGCAUGCAAAAAAGUGGUCUCCUAUGGUCCAACGACCAAAGGAGUAGAGUAAGUUGAGCAGUAUCCCUACUACCCCCCACUCUCCACCCCAGCCCUCCCUCACCGUCUCUCUUCUUAAAUAACAGUCACUUCUUCACAUUCAUGAGUAUUUUUAUCUAUUAUACACUAUUCAACUAGUACAAUAAUUCUUUUUAUUAUUAUUGCAUAUAACUGCUAAAAGCUGUUUUGUAAAAAGUCAUUUUAACAUGAGAAUGUUUUUGUUAAAGUGAUUCAGAACAUUCACAGCUGUAUUUUUGAAAAGAAAAAGUAACACAUUUCAACAAUCUGAACUGAAACUCUGAUCCUCUCAUCAGACUCCUUUACUUUCUCAGUUUGGCUCAACUUACCCCAGAACUACUAUGAUGACUUUUUUAGUCCUCUAAGCUAAAAUGAACACAAUUCUAAUGAAACUUAUGACAGACUAAAUUCACUUUCAAGAGUGAAAAAUGUUUUUUUGUAAAUAAAUGUCUAACCUCUUCACCCAUGUGUGCUUCUAACCUUCACAGACUACAUGAAUUGAUGCCCAUCGCCUAAAUAUUUGGUCACAUGAUCAAUUUCUUUUACCAUUUCCAAGAAACAGGGGGUGGCUCAACUUACCCUUUGGCUUAACUUACCCCACUCUCCCCUAUAUUGUUUUCUUUUAGUUAAUCCUAUUUUUUUGAUAUUUCAGCAAAGCAGCCAACUAUCUGUGCAUGUAUUACUUUCCGUCACAAAUGUAAGGUCGUCAUGGCGAGCUGUUUUGAUAUGUUAAUCACACACACUGAUUACUAAUAACCCACUAAGAAUUCCUCAAUGAUGUCUACAAUAAAACUUCUACUCUGCCACAUUUUGGUUAAGAAUACUCAAAAUUCAAAAUCUGACAAUAGUCACUCUAGAUUUUAAGUGCUUAUCGUUGGCUUUUCCCUCCCAUCACCAGCUUGAGUAAGACCGUCCAAUCAGAAUGAAAAUGAUUGCUAUAGCCUUUGACACCAACAUAACCUUAACAUGUGAAAAAUGUUGAUGGCAUUUCAACAUGUGAAAUUGUUCUGAGUCUAACAUCUUUCCCUCACUCUCUCAUUUGCUUACAAAAAGGGAAGUGAAAAGGUUUGUUGUGUCUGUGUCGUGCGCUACAACAUCACAUAUGUGUUUGUGAUGCUACAUUGUUACUGUGAACCAUCUGCGACAUCUGAUAGGAGAUAAAUCCCAUCCAUCAGCCUGAAGUUCUCACAAACAAUCAAGUGUCUGUUGUUUUUAAACACAUCCCCUUCAGUCUGAUGUGUAGCUUCACACUGCUCAGUGUGUGUCUGUGUUUAUGCCAACUGUUUGUUUUCAGCACGUUACUCUGCAGGAUAUUAUCACCAACAAGAAAAUAGAAUAAAUUCUGCACAGUAGGUGCUUCCUCUUUUUGUUUGUCCUGUCCAAAUCAUAAGCAAGUAUCCUUACAUCUUUUUUUUUUGUCAUUUUGUCCAUAAUGGUGAUAAAACUGUGGAAUUCGUCUCUGAACUCCCUGCACAAGUAGCACACAAAAAUCAGUUUCCUUCCCUGAGCUGAAGACAAUACUUUCUGAUGUUAAUAUAUACUUUCUUUUUUGCCUUUUCCUUGUGGGUCUUCUCAGCUUGGACGGGAUCUUCAACAAUAUCAGAGUCAAGCAAAGCAGCUCUUCAGGAAACUCAAUGAUCAGAGUCCAACACGCUGCACUUUAGAGGCUGGUUCCAUGGCAUUUCAGUGAGUAUAAAACACAUAACAGAUUCAGUCAACACAAUGCACUGAAAUAAAUGUAGAAUACAGUAUGUGCAUUGUGCUUUUAACAGUUCUUAAGCAGUUUCCUGUAAUAAUUUGCCUUUUCGAUGUUUUUCCUUCAGCUAUUUUAUAGAGAAAGGAGUGUGCUACCUUGUGUUGUGUGAAGCCAGUUUUCCCAAGAAGCUGGCCUUUGCUUAUCUAGAGGACCUGCAGGCAGAAUUUCAUGAGCAGCAUGGAAAGAAGGUCCCCACAGUCUCCCGGCCUUACUCCUUCAUUGAAUUUGGUAAGAAAACAAGAUGGACAGGAACAGCAACCACACUGCUCCCCUUUAGUUGAAGCAUGUUGCACCACUGGUCACACCUCUGACAGUAAAAAUGCAUCCUGUUAGGACAUCCUUGGUUGUAGUUGUAGUCCUGUUGUGUUUUUUAAAUAUCAGUGUAACAUUUUAUAUGAACCCACCUCUCAUAAAGCCUUAUAAAUGCACCUGUAAGGAUUUAUAAAAUUCAUAACAGCUUAUAGUAAUCUCAACAAAGUGUUAUGAGCAGUUAAAAUAACGCCUAUAAAGGUAUCAAAGCUAAGCGCUAAGUUGUUGCAAACUGCAGCCCACUCAGCUGUUAAAAGAGAAAGUAACACUGCAUACUUAAGUGUCGGUUUUUUGUUGUUGUGGGUAACAACUCAUUGACUUAUGACGCAUGAAAAAGAUAACAUUUUUUAACUUUCGAUUACUGCAUUCCACACACUGGAAAAAGAAGCAAACUCAAAAGCCACCCUACACUGAGUCAUUGUAACUUGUUUAUUUUUAGAGCGGAAAAAUUGUCAAGCAUGCACAUACAGGAAGUCUGUGAGGGCUAUGGCUUAAAAUGAUGACUAAAAUGGUUCAAGGGUUUAAUGUUGCAGUGAAAAUACAACAACAUCAUGUUAUUAAUUACUUAUUUUACCUAUACUGCUCCUAACCCAGACACCUACAUCCAAAAAACGAAGAAGUCAUACAUCGACAGUCGAGCGCGGAGGAAUCUGGGCAGCAUCAACACAGAGCUCCAGGAUGUACAGAGGAUUAUGGUGGCAAACAUAGAGGAGGUGUUGCAGAGAGGAGAGGCUCUCUCUGGUAAGUCAUCCACUCACUUCAGACUGUCCUUCUAAAAAGGGAAGAAUGCUGCACCUCAUACCCACUGAUAUUGUUUCUUUUCCUUUCAUGACCUGCUACUUUUUGUCCUCUUGUUCCUCUACCUCCUCCUCCUCCUCCCUGCAGCACUCGACUCAAAGGCCAGCAACUUGUCCAGCCUGUCGAAGAAGUACCGGAGCGACGCCAAGUAUCUCAAUACCCGCUCCACCUAUGCCAAGCUGGCAGCCGGCGGUGUCUUCUUCAUCAUGCUCAUUGUCUACGUCCGCUUCUGGUGGCUCUGAGAGGGAGAAAGGAGAAGGAAAAAGGAAGGAGGAGGUGUUGAAGUGAAAAACGAGUCUGCAGACACUAAGAAAACCUGCCACUUUUGACUAAAAAAAAACAGGAUCCCUGCUAUGAAUAAGACUUUGCAGACCGCCCAUUUUGUCCUGACCUGUCCAUGGAUGAGUGAUCUGAAUAGAAAUGAUGUCAUAAUGCAUAGUUUUAUCAUUAACAACUUCAAAAAGACAUGAUAAUACUGACCCAGGGGAACGAUUAAGGGGAAACGAGUGACUGUGCUGGAGUGUGCCUGUGUGUGUGUGUGUGCCUGUACGUGUGUGUGUGUGUGUGUGUGUGUGUUUGAGUGUAAUGGUUUUUGAGGCUGAUUGCUGAUGAUUGGUUUUGAAACGUGGAAAAAAAUGAAGAGAGAAAAAAAAAAGUCCUGUUUUUUGAGAUUUCAAAAUUGUACUGUACUGUAUAGCAGACUGAUCUGAUCGUGUAUAAUUGUCUUAUAAUACCAGAAUGGUUCACAAAUAUAUAUUUAUCCUCAUAUGGCUAUGAAGCAUUCUACCAGUACGGUAUCUACCACAGGUAAAAAUAAUCCAACAUCAAUCUGUAGGCAGGUGAAUAGGUUCAGAUAUCAUAUACAACCACAUAAGAGAUGUUAGGCAGACUUUCUUCCAUUUUUUAUUUUUAUUUUUUUGCAUAAUACAAUUUCCUAAUUGUUGGACUUCAAAGGAAGAGGGUCAUUUUUUUGGUGGAACCAGGGUGGGGAGGUCUGAUUUCUUUGGAAAAGUUUGGAGGGGCAGUCUUGGUUUUACUCACUCAUCGUUUAUAUAAAUGCCCCAUUCUGAGUGAUUUUUUUUUAAGGGGAAGGGGGGUUAAGUUCUCAUAAAACACAAGUUUAGUUUGCACAGAGAACAACACUUUGAGAAACAGAGUGUCUGUCAUACACGGCAAGUUUUAUGUUAGAAUAACAAUAAAAAAAAUUAUAAUCUUGGUCGAAAUUGUUUUUGUGAGCCUUUUUCCAGUUACUGAUGAUAAAGAAGAGGGCCCAGCUUUCCUGAAGAGUGGUAUAUAAGAUAUAACCCCCCUGCCCACCUUGAUAAUCCUCACCCUGUUACUAUAGAAAUGGCUUCAACCAGGUGUAACUACCCCCCUACAGUAUGUCGUCCUCUUUCAACAUGACCGUGUGAAUCUGCACGUUUCUGUAAACCGGCAUUAUAAAGACAAAAAGAUGUAUAAAGUUUACAUGUGUCGUUUCAGUUUAUGGUUUGGUUCAGGCUGAGAGUUGCAGGUGUGUGAAGGGCAGCCAGUGCCUACUCAUAGCCCAAGAGAACGCCUUUUCUAUUUCUGUUCUGUCUGCUAUCUAUAAAUAAAAACAUUUGCACAAAA